AUGGCAUAUUCAUUGGUUUAUCCAAACAAAUUUGCUUUGAAGCUGAAAAUACACAGCAAGAUUUGUGAGAAGGAAUUGAAAAACAUGUUACUAAAAAUCCAAGAUGUUCAUUCAGUGAAAAUUGAUGAAAAGCUUGGAAAUUUAGUCAUUUCAGGCACAGUUGAUCCUGCAACAAUUAUAACCAUGUUGGAAAAACUUGGGAGAAAACCAGAACUUUUAUGGGUACAAGGGAUUCCGAUAAACGGCAACCAGGUGCACAAAGCAUCCCGCGUUCAUGCAGGGUUCGACGAAGGAAAUGAUUCAAAACAUGUUCGGAUUAUGACUCAACUAGAGCAAUUGUCUAGAAUUCCAGGAUUGCAGACUAUAGAGUUGACAGAAACUAUCAAGUUGAGUUUCCAGGGAGAAUCAAGAAAUGAAUUACCUGGUGAUGACAAAAUCUUGGAGAUUAGCACUAGCAAGAAUGUGAAUGGUGGUGGAUUUUGUAGGGCUUCUCCUUCGUGUUGUGGUGAUCAUGCUGAUAUAAAUCGUCGUAGUCAUAGUCAUUGUGGAUGUUGCCGCGACAGUGGUGAUACUAGUUCUCAACAUGCUAUUCCAUCAGCUCCUCCGUUGCCUUUUGAGUAUUUUCAGGCACCACCAUCUCCACAAUCGUCAUCAUCGCCAUCAAUGCCUAUCACCUAUCAUAGUUUCUUAAGUGACGAGAAUGUAAAUGGCUGCAUAAUAGCAUGA